AUGGGAAGCACGCAGGAUGUGCUUUUGAUGAAACGUGAACUUCGAAAGCGCAUGCGGGAGCUGCUUCGGCAGGUGUCAAGGAACGAUUUGCGAGAGCGUUCCGCGGAAGCCUGCCGACAGCUCACCAACUCGGAGGUGUUUCGGUCUGCACGAACUGUAGCGGCAUUCUGCCACAUGCCGACUAGCGAAGUGGAGACGACUGAUUUGCUUGCCGCCUGUUUUGCUGAAGGGAAACGCGUUUUUCUGCCCCGUGUGGAUGAAGGAUCAGUGCGAAAGAUGUUGUUUUUGGAGGCCCACGGUCUGCAGGACGUCGAGAGCUGGCCCCUGAACGCCAUGGGUAUUCGGGAGCCGCCUUCUACGUGGAACGGACAAGUCAGAAGAGAAGUGCGCACGCUGGUUGAGCGAGAGCGAAAACCUCUCGACCUCAUUGUCGUGCCCGGACUCGCCUUUGACACGUUCGGUCGUCGACUGGGUCGCGGCAAGGGCUACUACGACACCUUUCUGGCGACGUGUGAGCAUUUGCAUCACGAGAUGCAGCUUCCUCCGCCUCGAAGAGUUGGUCUUGCGCUUUCAUGCCAGAUGGUCACCGAGGUGCCGGUAUCAGCACAUGAUCAGGUCGUGGAGGCAGUCUUUUACGCUUGA